AUGGCUCGCCUCAUUCGUCUAUUUGAUAAGAACCACUUCAAGGUUGCUAACGGUUCGCUUGCGUCGUUUGUACCUCCAAGUUGUUCCGAGCAAUGUCAAGUUGAAAAGAAAAUGUUGCAAGAUACGGUGGCCAGGCAGAAUGCCGACCUAAGUCGAUUACGAAUGGACUGCGAGCGUUUGAGCGCUGUAGACAUUCGAAAGGACAUUCGAAUUUCAGAGUUGAACAAAGAGGUUGAAUCAGCGAAGGCAAGGAUCGUCGCGUUAGAAGAACUAUGCCGUAACCAAAUGGACGGCAUCCUGUCAACGGCAUCUUCAUCUUCAUUUGAACGCAAGGAAGGAUCGCAGAAAGAAGAGACAGCUCAUCAAGGAGGUUUGUAAAU